AUGACACGUCCAGCAUCCACCAUCGCCUCCCUUCGCACACCCAUCACCCUCCCGAUCGCCCCAGCGUGGACGCCGAUAAGAGGGAUGAAAGUGAGGAGCUCAGUCAAGAAGAUGUGCGAGAGCUGUCAGAUUGUCAAGAGAAAAGGAGUCCUCAGAAUCAUCUGCAAGGCGAAUCCAAAACACAAACAAGUGGGUGAAUGA